UCUAAUUUUUUGUGAUCGUGGUCACGUGAUUAUUUCAAUUUCGCCCCUUGCGGCGGUACUUUUCAUGCCAGUACUGUACUACCGUACCUGCAGUAUGUACAGUCACUGAUUGGCGUACAACUUGUUACCUUCGCUAAGAUUCUAUGAUCAAAAGACACGUACAGCGCGUAUCACGAGGUGAGUACCUUGAAUAUCAUGACAACAUCAUUUUAUCUACAAUUAUUUGCAAACCUUGUGACUUCCGCCCACAAACACAAUCAUUGGUGUGAUAAACGAGCACUCGCUAUUGGCUGCGGAGAAAACUCAGGCGUUCAUUUACCCAUGGUGCCAUUAUAAUCGACAGAGCCUUUGGCAGGUAUCUCAAUCUGUCCUGCGAUUUUCAAAUGAGUCACGAUCUAUUCUCUGGUAGUUCUCGAUCAUCGGAAGGAACUUGGGAGAGACUGUGUCAAGUCGCUGUCAAGGGUGCCGAAUAUGACUCCCCUGAACGCCAGCCACAUCCAAGGUGUUUGGAAGGGACCCGAGUGACCCUUCUUGACGACAUUUACCAAUCAUUAGACAACCCGGAGAGGAGUCGACUCAUUUGGCUACAUGGCAUGGCGGGGGUCGGAAAGUCUGCAGUUGCAUUUUCUGUCGCUGAAAGGAUGAGAGGUCUGAAAGUCACAGAGCAGACGAAGACCGAGACACGGCUGGCGGGCACGUUCUUCUUCUCACGUAAAAAACCUAAUCGCUCUACAACUGGGUAUUUUUUUGCAACGCUUGCCUAUCAGCUUGCCUGCAAUUUUCCCAGCGUGCGGGAGGACUUGAACCGAGCCAUUCACGACAAUCCCGCUCUUCUAGACCCCAACAAAUCUCUUCGCGACCAGAUGGAAGGACUUUUUCUGAGACCUCUGCGGGGGCUUCAAUUCAGACUGCGCAAUUGUCUGCCUUCUACGUUCGUUAUCGAUGCCCUUGAUGAAUGUGUAUCCAAACCCGAGCUCACGGAUCUCAUCUCCUUGCUUGACCAAGCACUCCGUGAACCAAACUUACCUGUGAUCCACAUCCUGCUAACUAGUCGCUCGGAAACCCAUAUCUGCAAUGUCAUCCAAAAAACAGAAGUGCGUUCACUGGCGUCCAAGAUACCAGCCGGAAUCUCCGGGGAGGGCAUGGGUACCGUGAUCAUCUCGUUAGAUGGUGCGAUAGAUGUCGACAAGGACAUACGCAGGUUCUUGGAGCAUUCCUUCAUAGAGCUUGGAAGUCAUCCUGGUUUUCCGCAGCCAACGGCAGAUGAACUUGCACAACUGGCGAGCCGGGCGGGUAGGCGUUUCAUUGUGGCGUUCACGAUGAUGAAAUUCAUCGAACACGGAUACCAGGAUCCCCGCGAUCGACUUCAGGUCAUGCUCAGGUUCACGAGCGAGCUGCUACCAGGAAAGGAGGUGUACGAGUUAUACAACCGUAUCCUCGCCACAUGCGCCAACCCCGUACGGGCAUACCUGCACUUGUCUGUCGUUGCCGCCCUUGCAGACCCUCUCCCUAUCCGACAAAUAUCGGAACUUCUGGGUCCUGGCGAGGGUAGGGAUGUAGAGAAAACACUGGCGCAGCUACGAUCCGUCAUCGACAUUCCUACCGAUAGCAGUCUCCCGGUGAAUAUCUACCACUCGUCGGUUCGUGACUACAUUUCCGACCCUUCAAACUGUAACUUGAUCGAGGUGCAACGUAUCAAACACUCUCACUCCAUACUUGCAUGUUCCUCUUUCCGCUUAAUGAUGCGAGAAAUUCCAUUAAGCACGGCUUUCCAAAAUGUGCUAUUAGAAUUAAACAAGCAAAGCAAAGCUAUGCGACCGCACGACCCAAAAGCCCUAAAGCGCUCGUUAGCCUUCAUUGUCGAGCCACCCGAGCCACUACAUGCUCUGAUAGGUCUGCUAUGGACUCGGGGAUAUCGACGUUCAGCGUUACAAUCUUGGACAAUGAGUCGGGACGGGCUUGCCUGGCUGCAGACCCUCGGAGGAAAUGACUGGCUGCGGACUCAGGAGGGGAAGGACUGGCUAAAGACAGAAUGGGGACAGGACUGGCUACAGACCAGGUGGGGCAAUGAUUGGUUGAGGAGUCAUGGAGGCGAGGACUGGUUACAGACCCAGUGGGGAAAGGAGUGGUUGCAGACCCAGUCGGGGGAAUAUUGGCUGCAGACCUUGGGGGGCAAACUCUGGUUGCAAACUAAAAGCGGGCACGACUGGUUGCAUACUAGGAACGCGCAAGGCUCCCUGCAGUCCCAUAAGCAAGACUGCUCAUUAACCCACGAACAAGAGUGGCUCCUAACCCUCGAGCAAGAGUGGCUGCAGACUGAGCCGCUGCAAGGUCAAAGCGUGGAGGACUGGCUGCAGACCCUGGAGGGAAACUGGCUGCAGAGCCUAGAACGGGACUGGCUGCAGCAUACACAAGAAGGUCAAGAGUGGCUGUGGAAUGAGAGGGAAGACUGGUUGCAUCAGUGGGCAAAAGACUGGCUAAAGACUCAGGGGGGGAAGGACUGGCUGCGGACUCAGGAUGGUCAAUAUUGGUUACAGACUCAGGAUGGGCAAGAUUGGUUACAGACUCAGGAUGGGCAAGAUUGGCUAUGUAGCCACGGAGGACGAGAGUGGCUGCAGGCCCAUACAGAGCGAGACCAGUUGCAGAUUACGAGUGACUUGUCACAGACCGAACUGCAUACAGAGAGCCUGCAAGAGUGGCUGCAGACCCAGGACGGGCAAAGAUGGCUACAGACUGAGAGCGUGGUGGACUGGUUGCAGACCUUCGAAGUACACGAGUGGUUGCAGACACACAGCGGGCAAGGUUGGCUGCAGACCAGGAGCGGGCAGCAGUGGCUACAGACCGAGAGCGGGGAGAAUUGGCUGCAGACCAGCAAAGGAGAAGAGUGGCUGCGGACUCACCAUGGGCGAGGCUUGGCUGCAAACCGAGAGCGGACGGGACUGGCUGCAGACCCGAAGCGGACAAGACUGGCUGCAGACACCCGAUGGUCGCACUUGGCAGACGACCCUUGCGGCAUCUGUCUGGCUGACAAUUGAAGAAUUCUCCAUUACAUUUGAAGCAAUAAACGAGCACAUGAUCGACCCGGAAAUCCAUUUACUGCCAGCUUUUCAGGUUAUCCAGCAGUUCAAAAGCUUACCGGAUUUCUUGAUGUUUCCGGCGUUCCUAGCAUUAAGGCAUCAAAGUCAUUCCAGUCCUGCAUUAUUACUACCGCCAAUUUUUUGUCUCCCGGACAUGGAUAUUUUCCGUGCUAUGGAGGCCUUUGUGAAU